AUGUCCACGCACUCAAAAUCCAGUGUUUACAUAGGUAAUUUGGACGAGCGAGUGAGUGAGAGAGUUUUGUAUGAUAUUCUAAUUCAGGCGGGGAGGUUAGUAGACCUACACAUUCCUCGGGACAAGGAAACCGACAGACCUAAAGGUUAUGCUUUUGCAGAGUAUGAAUCUGAGGACAUUGCUGAGUAUGCUGUUAGGCUCUUCUCUGGUCUUGUGACUCUCUACAAUCGGACACUGAAGUUUGCGAUUUCUGGGCGAGACAAGCCUUCACUUAAUACUCCUUCAACGGUCGCAUCCGCAUCUAGUUUUUCUCACAAACUGAGGUCUGCUCCAUCACCAAUUAACAGUAUGGAAAUCUCUCCGAAUUCCAUUGGUUUAUCAACACCCAGAAUUUCAGACUUUCCACUAAACUAUCCCCCAGUGCCCACUCCCCCUGGUGUAAAUAAACAAUCUAAUGGGUAUGGAUUACCUAACAAUGGCAACAAUUACGAAUAUAGUCGAAGAGUUAUUGGGGCAACUUUGGAUACCAUUAGUCGCUCUAGGUCACGCCGCCAUGAUAUGAGCAACCCAAUCUCCUAUCCCUCUUACUAG